UGAAUUUCGAUUCGCACUCACACGAAUUCGGUCUGGUUUCCCUUCUCCCUUUUCCCACUUAAGAUUAUCCUCCAUCUUUCGUACUUCCAAAACAGCGUCACACGUAUUCGGUUACCUGUAACCGAUUUUUAAACUCGCACAAAUCAAGGGUUCCCCUUCGUGCUUGGAAAAGAGUACAAGAGUUGAAGAUCCCCUUUUCGACGAUAAAAACAUUUUUCUAUUAUCUCGAUGUCUGAAUCUAUUGCAUCUGCAAUGCCUGCUUUUCGUGAUUUUAAAAAUCAUGUUGUACUCAUUGGCGCUGGAACUAUAGGCCUGGCAUUUGCUGCACUUCACCUUCAAUUUCUGUCCAAUCCUAACCAACUGACGAUCCACGAUAUUAGACCUGAUCUCCAAGAAUAUGUUUGUGAAAACUUACCAAGGUAUCUCAACCCGUUACAGCAUGAUCUUGUAUCCGAAAUCAGACUAUCGACGUCAGCAUCAACAUUGCGUAAUGCCCUCUCCAAAGCUACGAUUGUCCAGGAACAAGGCCCUGAGAAUACAGCAUUCAAGAAAAGUAUUUGGGUUCGGAUAGAGCAACACGUGUCGCCGACAGCACUUCUGUGGAGCAGUACUUCAGGCAUCGUGGCUUCAAUACAAAGCGAAGACAUGAAAGACAAAUGUCGACUAUUGGUUUUACAUCCUUUCAAUCCUCCUCAUAUCAUGCCUUUACUAGAGCUGGUUCCUUCGCCAUGUACAAAUCAAAAAUACAUAGAUCAGACUCUGGAAUUUUGGCGACAUCGAGGACGAGAACCGGUUGUGAUACGCAAAGAGACAAUCGGAUUUGUUGCAAAUCGUCUUGCCUUUGCUCUGCUUAGGGAGGCAGUCCAUCUGGUGAAUGAGGGUGUAGUUAGUGCUCGGGAGGUGGACAACAUUGUGACAACGUCGAUGGGCCCAAGAUGGGCUAUAGCAGGUCCAUUCAAGAGCUAUCAUGCUGGAGGUGGUUCUGGGGGAUUAGCGUGGUGGUUCAAGAAUAUUGGCAGCACAGUCCAGCAGUGUUGGGAUGAUAUGGGCAGAGUAAAUUUUGGCGACGGUGACUGGGAAGAAAGGAUCUCAAACGAAGCGGCAGUAGCGUACGGUCAAAUAGACACGGAGGAGAGGGACCGAAAAACGAAAGCCGUACUCAGAGCUGUUGUAGACAGUGAACCAUAGGAC